UUGUCUUUUCUUUUUGGAGUUGUAUUUUUCACUUCAUUUAAUAAAAAUCGGUGCGAAAAUUUCAGCAAGAUAUUAAUAUUCAUUAAAAUUCUUUGAAAAAAAAAACAAUUUUAUAAAAACAAUAGUGAAAAAAAUAUUUAAAUAGUCGUUGAAAUGGUUGUGAUAAUAAACAAUAUAAUUUGAAAAAAAAUAAGCAGCAGACAAAAAGAAAAAAUUUUAAACUAAAAAAACAGUGUAUCAAUGCACAUUGUGUUCUGAAAAAGGCAAUUUCUAUAAACAAGACGAUAAUACAGAAUAGGCAAAGAGUGAUUACCGUUAAACUCUAAAACAACGCAAAACAAUUAAAGGCAAAAAAAAAAAAACAAUUGACAAUUGAUUCUACUUCUGUGUUUCAAUGCCAUGAACUGCGACAGUGAUUUAAUGACGAGUACGAUAAUAGUACAAUUACAAUUUGUCAAUGACUUUGUUAAACGUCUAGUCUGUAAGUUGUCCUUGGUCAAAGAAGAGGAAUCAUCAAGAUUGUGUCGAGCAAAGGAGUCGUUGCUUUGCGCCCUGUUUAUUGUCAUGAAGACUGCCUAAGAAGAAGAAGAAACGAUGAAGUUGUACUACUAGACGAUAAUGUAAAUAAAAAGCAAGGACUAUUCUGAAUUUAACAAAGUAAAUAAAUAACACUCAACAAGUCAUCAAGUACUGCUGUUGAUCAGUUUGAAAAUUAAUUGAUUUUUUAUACAUUAACUGUGAUUAUGAGUUCCACAAAAUCGCAAGUAGCUGUAGCUACAAAUAUUCCAAAUCUAGCAUCUGGUCAACAACAAAAAGAUUAUAAUACAGAGGAAUCGUUGGGCCGUCAGAAUAGUUUUGGUUUAAACAGGAGGGGCAACAUGAAAGGAAAACAUUUAACGAGAAGUCAUGCUAUGAGAGAGGCGACUUCGCCGCCACGUACUCCAACACCUCGAGCGUCAGAGUCUUCAUCGCAGAUGUCACCGAAUGGUUAUCAACAGCAACAGCAUCAUCAGCAGCAACAACACAUGGAUGUUAAUGAAGGAAACAAUAACAAUAAUAGCAAUAACAAAUUGCAUACACAAUCAUCAGCCACUCGCGGCAAUUCACCAAUAAUCGAUACACCAACUGUGAUUGUAACUAGUCAACACAAGCAGCAACAGCAACCACAACAACAUCAGCAGCAACAGUCAAAUGUUGCUCUAUGUAAUGAAACGGAAUUUCCAAAAUUAAGCCCGCCCAAAUCAAAGAGCGGCAGUAACAGUAGUACUGGUGGUAGUGGGGGAGGUGCCCCAGGAUCUGGUAACAGUUCUAGCAGCAGUAGUAGUGGUGUAAAUAGCAAUUGCAAUAACAACCCACAACGUAUUAAUAACGCUUCGGAAGGUCACAAUAACAAUAAUAAUACUAAUAAUAGUAACAAUAGUAGCAAUAAAAAGACAAACGGUGAUACUGCAGGUGUUAAUAAUGAAACGCACAAUAAAGCCACCAACAAUGUGAAUAUGAAUGCUGCGAAUGCAAAUAAAAAUUACAAUCAAUCGCAACAGCAGCAAUUUAGUGCUGGGAAUGCAUUGCAGAAAGCUUUAAAUGUCACUGAUAAUUCGCAGUCUACAACAAUUUACAAUUCCCCCAUGAACUAUCAAUUGCAUCCCAAUGAUAUUAACCGUGAACAGCAGCAACAACAAUCGUAUGUUGUUUAUGAUAAGGAGAAUCGUUGUCCACGUAAUGACAGCCAAAAUAGCAUGAAUUCGAAUGAUGAAAUGCAUUAUGAGACGCAGCAGCAACAACAACAGCAACAACAACAACAUCAACAACAGCAUCAGCAACAUCAGUCACAACAGCAUCACCAACGUACGGGAGGCGGUAAAAAGCAUCGCACUAAUUCAAAUUCAAAAGGAUCUAAGCCUCGAUUGAAGAAUGUGGGUAGUACCAACAGUGGCGGAGGGGCUGGCAGCAGUGUUUCGAACAUGGGUGCCGGAGGAAGUGUUGUUACUGGUGGCUUAACAUCGGGCAGCAUUGAAGGCAGUUUAAACAGCAGUAACAAUACGUCAGGCUUUAUUUCAAGAGUCUUCACAAAUUCAGAAAACUCCAACGAACAAUACACAGAUUAUGGUGGAACCGAUUUGCUCAGUUUUUUCAAAGAGACGUUAAAUAAGAACGUAAAAGACCGUCAAUUUUUGUUGAAAGUCGAAAAGGAUUUAAUUGAAUUUGUGCAGGAAGGAAAUCGAGGUGAAAUACGUUUUCCACAAGCUUCCUCAUACAAUCGUAUGUUGAUCCAUAGAACGGCUGCCUUUUUUGGCAUGGAACAUAAUGUGGACACCGAGACACAACAAUGCGUUAUUGUAGCACCGACUAAAAACACUCGCAUACCAGAAAUUCGUUUUAAAACACUGGUCAUUAAUAACCGUGAUGACUCACGCAAAUCUAUAUUGAAACGCGAUACGCACAGUUUUGAUGAGGCUCGUCAAAGCAGUUAUUUGUGCCCAGAUCGAGGUGGUAUGCUCGAUCGCAAAGCAAAGAGUUUCGAAGAACGCGAAGAAGAUUACGACCGUGCCCGAUCGCGCAUAUUUAAUCGAAGCCAAAACGAAGCUUGUCCCGGUGGAGGAGGUAGUACGGACGACGACAACAACUACAUUAGUUGGACAAGUUCAGUUGAUCAGCAGCAGUUUUCACGUGGACGCCCUAGCGGAAAAGUGUUAAAGAUUCAAAAUUCUCCAGAUGGUCGUGCCGGUAGUGUUGUUCAAAAAUCGAAUAACAAUUUUGGCAAUUAUAGUCAAGGUGGAGCUCCUCUUAUACGCGGAGACUCGGCAAAUUCUAAUAAAAGUAUGGGAACAGGCAGUGGUAAUGGAACGCGGAUAUUUUCUAAACAAGAUUCAGCGGGCAGUUCCAAUACAUCGUGGCGGUUAUCUCCUUCAAGCAGUGGCUAUAAAACCCAAACGCAAUCGAUUCGUUCUGAUUCGGUAACGCCAUCACCAACCGGUGGUUAUGGCAGUGAUGAACCCCAUUUACCGGAUCAUCCGUCAAUCACCGCAAACAGGGAGAACAAUGAAGAUACAACAACGCUUCCUAGUGGACUUGUGUGGGCCGUCACAGAUAUUUCGAAUGUGCCAAAAGGCAGCAUUCUCAUAAAUCCGCAAACCUUACAGCCAAUCCUAAAUGCAGACGGUACGGUUUAUCAUUACGAUCCGUCUAAUAUGCCUCCAGCUCAAGCGAUGGCAAGUGGUAGCAAUGUUGCCAACAGUGGAGGUAGUAUUUAUCAUACAAAUCAAAAUAAUUCACCUUCACAACAACAUCCAAUGCACAAUCCCUUAAAGAAACAACACAAGGGACAUCAAAUGCAACAACAACAACAGUUUAACAAAUUGGAAUCAACAACUACUGGAGCAACAAACAGUGGAGGCGAAUCGGUAUCAGAAUCAUCGACCCAAACAAUUAACGUGGGUGAGGAAGUGAUUCCAUCAAACAAUAUUUUGGAUGUCAGUUAUCAAGAAGAUGAUUUAUGUAAUGCGGAUGAAAAUGAUGAAUGUGAUAAUUCGGCCAAUGGUUGUCUAAGUAUAACGACAACUACAUCAACUAAAAAUUACGAUCGCAUUGAAGUUCAAAAGUUUAAGAACCAAGCAACUAGUCCUAAUAUACCUAUCAAUGAAAAGGAUGAUAUCGUUAAGCGAGAGCACUCAAGCCAGACGCCGAUAAAUGUGACACCCACUCAGCAAACCCAAUUGCAACAAUCACAAACUCCACAGCAAUCUCAGACGCAGAACCGAGAAACUCCCCACUCUUCACGCUCUACGCCAUUUAGCAAUAGUGAUACAUUGACAAAACGUUCUUCAGAGGAACCGAGAGCGACAAGUUGGACACAAAGCUACCAGGCUCCUGAUGGUUCUACAGUAUUUCACACUACAACUACACCCAAUAGCAGCGCCACUAAUCCUUAUUGUACUACCACAUAUCAGCAAGGGCCUGAUGGAAGCAUUUACGCAGUGCCACAAGGAAUGAUUUACGCUUAUCCUUCACCAGUAGAAGGGGAAUUUCAAGGAUAUUUUAUGCCGGUUUUUGAUCCCUCUCAACAACGUAGUGAUACCACCGGUCUUCUACAGCCCGGAACACAAGCUAUAUAUCCAGCGGGUGGUGCGACAACUAUGGUACCAGUAGCUGCUUACCCGACCGCACAGUUCGCCACAACUAAUGGUGCUCCGAUUUACCCCAGUCAAGUGAUAUAUUCCGGCGAACAAUUUCAAACAGCCGGCGCACCGUUGACGGCAACAGCUCCAGCAUCUGCUACAGCGCAAUUGCAGCAAAUACCAAUGACUACUUAUCCGAUUGGAUAUCCAUAUCCAUACAAUGGAUACUGGGGCCAAACCAUGACAUACUAUGUACCUCAACAAGCUGUUCCCGCCACUUCACUGUUAGCUGCACCGCCACCACCUCCAUCGGCACCUGGUAAUGUAAGUCACGUCGCAGGCGGCGUGAACACAACUGGUCCGAAUGGGGGUAAUUCGACGGCUGGACCGUCAACCAAUUCCUCGAAUACUACGAAUAAUUCAUCGGGACAUAUGGGCAACGGUAACACACCGAAUACAAGUCAUCAAAAUGGCUCCGUUACUACAGGAUACCAAUCGCAUGUACAUACAGUUAGCGGCGGUAUAGGUUCCAGCCACAGUGGUGGCACAACAUAUUAUGGCACUGGUCGUAUAAAGCGCCCUACUCCUCCACACUUUAGUAAUGCUGGAACAAAUGGUGGUCACCAGGUUUUAGCUGCUGCUUCCAUACCCAAUGGUGUCACGACCGCCACAUACCAACUCGGUCAUGCAGUUCCCACACUCACGUUGGCGGCGGCCGCUCCGCCUCAAGCCACAACAGGAGCAGCAACAGAUCUCAGCGGCGGUGCCGGAGCUCCGACAACUGCGACCAUGUACGCUUUACCACAGCAUGCCACAAUAUUUCCAGCAAACAUGUUCCCAUACGCCACAAACGCAGCGGCGCCAGCCAUUGGUCCGCAGUCCGGAGCUAAUAUGGCACCACAGACUGCAAUUAUCCAGCCACCUGUUAAUCCACAAGGUCAUGUUGUAGGAGGUGUAGGUGGUCAAGCUAAUGCCACAGCUGGCGCCAUUCAUAAUCCUCACCAUUCAAAUACUGUGAUCACGCCCUUUUACACCACUACUCAUCAUCAUGCACCUCAUCCAGGCAUACAAGCCGGCGGCCACACAAUACAUGCCCCCGGUCCUUCAGCCAUACCUAUAGUUGAUCCGGCGACAAUUACAAAUGUAACUCAACUUGGCCCGGCCAACAAUUCAGUGUAUAGUGGAAGAAGUGGUGGCGCCAGCAACAAUGCUGGUACCUCGCAAUCUGCUCCCAGCACACCGCAUUCGAUGCCUUCUUCCUCGACCCUACACCACUCACAACGCAAUCCUUCUGUAUUUUCCACGCCUCCCAUACUAAACAACAAUGGCAGCAAUUAUAAUAGUUCCAAUUCAACACCUCACUACUAUGGAAAUACUGAAAUGUUGCAUCAAUCAUCCGUAAAUAGCGGCAGUGCUAAUAAUAGCAACAGUCCCCAUAACUCGUACGUAUCAUCAUCGUAUGAAAAGCGAAACAACAAUAAUAGUGGAGGAGGAAAGAAGCCUCUUUCCUAUCAAAGUGCUAGCUUGAGCCGCCAAAAUUCGACAAGUGGUGGCGGUUACAAUGGAACUGGAAAGCCAUCAGCUUUGCUUAAUAAUGCUAAUAACAACAACGAUACUAGAGCUUCGCCAAGUAGUAGUACUAACUCACGGCCGCAUUCAAUAAAACGUGGCGCAGGAGGAGGAGGAGGCGGGGGCGGAGGUGUAUCCAAUGACAAACCACAGACUCCGUUACUAAGUGGCCCACCCAGUUUUGUAGGCGGCACUAAUAUACAGAACAACAAUAACAGUUAUCAGGCUAUUCCUAAUGCCGACAUGGGUACUGGAAAUAUUCCUAUAGUUAAUGUUUCUAAGCCACCAAUACGUUUGAAUGCAGCUGCUGCGGCAUUCCGUCAAAAGGGCACUACUAAUACUGGUGGCGGUGGUUCAGCUGUCGAAUACCGACGCAAUCCGACAUCGCAACGCAAUUCGCCUGGAACAAAUGCCAGCAGCAGUAAUGACAACAGCAACAACAAUUCGCCCAACAGUAUACACAACUCUUCCAAUGCUGCCACACCCAUAGCUGCUGGAUGUUAUGCACCAUCGUACAUGAUCAAUGCUCAAAAUAAUGGCGGUGAACCAGCUCCAACGCAUCCACCAUCUCUUUAUAUAACAACUGCACCUGCUCGAGGACCUGCACACAUUCCACCACAUUUACAAUCAGCUGCAGCAAAUGGUGCUGCUGUACCGGCAGCAGCUGCGGCAGCUACUGCAAGCGUACCCCAACAAGCAGCUACAGCUGUUUUAGGUGGAGCUGCUGCUGCAGCAGCAGCGGCUGAUGUGGCAAAUGCUGCCGCUGUAGCAGCCGCAGCUGCUACUGUUGCUCAUCACCAUCAUCACCAACCGCUGUUGGGUACCUACAAUCCGGGUGCAUCAGGAUUGUACUUCAAAUACGGACACACGUAUUUUGCCCAUCCUUCCGUAGCUUUACCAAAUAGUCGCCGUUCUCCAUCGACAGAUUUGAGACCUCCGAUUGCACAAAUGGCUGGAAUGUAUCCCACAGUCAACAUGAUGAUACCAGCUCAACCGCGACAUCCAGGACGACAUCCAAAUCCAAAUUAUAAAGGAACACGGCCCCGUUGAUACACGCGUUUAUAUUGAUGACAUGGUUGUCUCAACAAUAUCGAGGAUUAAAAACACAAUGACGCUAUACCAAAAACCUUAAUAUAGAAUAACUUAAGUUUAAUUAAACAACUAUAGAAAUACAAAAGGAUAAAAACAAAAACAAACAAACAAAACAUACUUAUGUAACUAAUAUAGAAAAUACAUUAAGUUUAGUUAACAAUAAUUAUACAAAAUUACAACCAUACAACCAACUAAAAUACAAUAGAAGAAAUUCUACAACGGUUAAAGAAUCAGUAAAGAAUAAUCUCUUCCGCCCCCCUUGGGGACAAGGAAAAAUGAAAAUCAGAUGAACAUAUAUUUAAUAUUUUAUAUUUUCCGGCCUAUUUUCCCAAAACAAGACAAGAAUAUGGGAGACAUACAAUACAUAUAAAAAAGUAAUUUUAAUUUAAUACGAAAAAAUUGGCUUUAAUAGGUAGAGAAAAACAAAAAUCUCCUCAUACACUCAUCUACACACAAAAUUUUAAUCAAUAAUAGACAUCAUCAAAUACACACCAACCAACGAACACAUUCAUUCUUUACGUAAAUACAAACAUUCAUCCAUAGGUCGACAAAUGAAAAUAUUAUAUUAAUAAAAUUCUACUACAAUAUCAGCGGAACUAUACGAUUAAAUAAGAAUUACAAUAAUGCAAUCGAAGGAUCAAUUCAAAUACAUAAUAAACUGAAAAACUAAGUACAUAUUCGUACAACUGUAUUGGAAAUAAGAGAUAACUGUGACAUAAUUCUUGAUGAAGAAGAGUUAAAGACUUUUAAACGUUGAGAAAGAUAAAGAACUAUCAGAUGCGUAGCAGCAAUUGUGUGCCAUUUAGAGAACAAAAUUUCAGUCAUUUAAUACUAUAGAAAGAAAAAAAACUACAAA